AUGAAAACACUGAAGAGAACUGGCCCUAAAAUAAAGCCCUUAGGAACGCCACCAGUGACUGCCUGCCAGCCUAAUACCAGCACUUUCGUGUCCCAGCAAAAGUUGGUAAGCAUGGCUGAGGAAAACAAAGCCUUUGUAGAUGAAAUAGAUAAAGCAUUGGCAAAGUCUGAAGGGAUUACGCUGAAGGACCUGCUCUUCUCCUGCCAGGGGACUCCUUAUCCGGUCACAGUGUGCAGUGCAGAGACGUUCCAAGCUCUGGAGAACCUGGAAGCCAGAAGAGAUGAUAUGGUGCUGGUGUCUUACCCCAAAUGCGGUGUGAAUUGGCUUAUCCAGAUUUUAAAUGAUUUGAUAUUUACAACUAUUCAGAGUAAACCUGUAAACUCAGAACUACCAUUUAUUGAAUGUGGAGAUCCAGAUAAAUAUCAGAUUAGUAAAAAGAACCUACUUCAAAGGAUGAAGCAGAUUCCAUCUCCAAGGAUUUUGGCAACACAUCUGAAUUAUGGUUUUCUCCCCAAGUCUAUUUUCAAGAACAAAGCCAAGAUACUAGUGUUGUUUCGAAACCCUAAAGAUACAGCUGUUUCAUUUUUCCAUUUCCACAAGAAUGUGCCAAGUAUCCCCAGUUACGGCUCCUGGGAUGAGUUCUUCUCAGAGUUCAUGAAUGGGAAAGUUGGCUGGGGAUCUUAUUUUGACCAUGCAGUCACCUGGAACAAACACGCUGAGGAUGAGAACACUAUGAUUGUAAUAUACGAAGACCUGAAAGUGAAUCUGUCUUCUGGUGUAAAGCAAAUAGCGGAAUUCUUUGGAUUCUCCCCAGCAGUGGAGCAGAUCCAGUCCAUUGCAGAUAGGGCUACUUUCCAGGCAGUGAAGGACAAGGCUCAGGAGACUCAUGGUGCUGUUGGCACAGUUCUUUUCCACAAAGGUGUUGUUGGAGACUGGAAAAACCUUUUCACUGAAGCUCAGAAUCAGGAAAUGGAUGCCAAAUUCAAAGCGUGCUUAGAAGGAAUCAAGCUGGGAGCAAAGCUAAAAAAUGAUGUGUACUGCAAGGUCUGAGCUUCCACUACGGAAAAGUCUUAACGUCUAGGCUGUUUUUUGUUCACUUUCAUGUAAUCAAAGAGAAAUUAGAACAAUACCUGAUAUGAAAUUUUUGAAAAUAUAUGUAAUUUGCAAA